ACGGUGUAAUACGGAAACAGAGUAAUUUUUUUGUAAUUCCUUAAAAUUUAACAUUUUCAAAAUCAUUUGAAAACUGGUUGUUAUUUCCGUCAUAAAAAAUUGUAUAAUUGAAAUAAAAAAAUUUUAAAAUUUUCUCAAAAUAAAAAAAAAAUAAUUUAAAAUACUUGUCCGACAUGUCAUAUAACGUUCUCAACAAAGAAGAUUUCGAAGUAGAGCUCGAAGAUGCUGGCGACAAAUUGGUACUCGUUGAUUUCUACGCCAAUUGGUGUGGACCUUGCAAAAUUAUCAAUCCCCAACUGGAAGAAUUGUCCCUGCAAUAUGCCGACAAGGCAAAAGUUUUAAAAGUUAAUGUGGAUGAUUGUGAGGAAAUUGCCAUGGCAUAUAAUGUCACCAGUAUGCCUACAUUUGUAUUUAUAAAAAAUCACCAGAUUAUUGAUAUAUUAGUGGGUGGCAAUGCAGAAAAGUUGUCGAAAAAUAUGGAAAAAUACGUGGAGGAUGGAGAGACAACUAUAAAUAACGUUACUGGAGAACAGCGAGAAGAAGAGUGUAGAUGGGAGGACGAAGAGUAUGGUGAGGAUUAUGAGUUGGAUGUGGAGAGCUUUCAAGAUGAUCCGACGACUGUUUUGGAAGUUACUUUAGAUGAAUAAAUGUAGUUUUCAGUAUUAAAUAAAAACCUUUUGAAUUUGUUGUGAAU